UGCAAGCUCUGUAAAGCACUUUUUUUAAUAACACUUUGAGAAAUCGGAUUAUUAUAUAUUCAGUUGAUUCAGCCUUUCAUAGUUUGUAAGGGACUUAAUUGGGUUUUCAAAGUAGACUUUUUUGUGUGUGUGUGCCUUCCAAAGUUUGCUAAGAUGUUUUGUUGUGCUCUUUUGUGUACCAUUUCUUCUUUUAAUUGAUUAAUUCAGUGAGAGUUUGGAAUAUACGGCACGGUUUGCCAGUAUUGUAAGUAGUUAUCUGUUGCUGUUGUGCACAAACACUAAAACAGUACUCAGCCGGUUAUUUUCAAAUCACACCAAACAUUUGCCUUUACCUUUUUCGGCUCCUGUGAACCCCAAAUAGUGUGUGUCAAUCAGAAGUCGAAACUAACCUUCUUUUGUGUGCUUUUUGGGUCGUUUGUUAAUUUCUGCCUAUAUAAGGAUUCCAAGUUUUUGAGUGGAACAUUCGGUAUUGGUGUGGAAACAGAUUGAUUGAUUGAUAGAAACCAAAAUGGAUGGUGGUUAUUUUCCGCCUUGCAAAGUUGGUUCGUGGCAUGGGUUAGAAUUAGAGGAUGUGCAUGAAAAUGAUGAACUCAAACUGGUCUCAUCGUUACCAGCCAUACCUCAGCCACCUACCCCACAUGAGCCUAUGGAGUUCUUAUCCAGGUCAUGGAGCCUCUCUGCUGCAGAAAUUUCAAAGGCUCUUCUGGAAAAACAGAAGCACACUUUCCAUGACAAGAAUCAAGCCUCCUUGCCAGAAGCUACUUUGACACAUCAGUUAGUAACAGGUGAGAUCAUACCUUCUCCUAAUUGUAAAAAGAUGGGUACCAUUGGAAAAUGGUUUCAUCAGAGGCAGCAUCGGAAUACUAAUACAACUGUAAAGAAGAAAGAAAGGGCACGUUUAGAAAAUGCACGAGUGCAUUCUGCUGUGUCCAUUGCUGGGCUAGCUUCAGCCUUGGCUUCAGUUGCUGCAGCAGAGAACUCUAGUGGCUCUCACUCGAAGUUGAACCUUGCUUUGGCUUCAGCCACACAACUCUUGGCAUCACAUUGCAUUGAAAUGGCUGAACUAGCUGGAGCCCAUCAUGACCAUGUGGCUUCUACUGUAAAGUCUGCGGUUGAUAUUCAAACCCCUGGUGAUCUAAUGACUCUUACUGCUGCAGCUGCAACAGCUUUGAGAGGAGAAGCAGCUCUAAGAGCAAGAUUGCCAAACGAAGCAAAGAGGAAUGCAUCUAUAAGUCCCUAUGAUAGGGUACUACUACCACAAUCUCAUUGGUUUCCUUCUUUUGAAGGUCAGAUGAGUGAACCUCAUCCUCCAUGUGCAGGAGAUUUGUUGCAGCUCACACGAAAAGGUGUAUUACGAUGCAAGCAUGUUUCUGUAUACAUCAACAAGAAGUGCCAGGUCAAAAUCAAGAUCAAAAGCAAGCACGUUGGAGGAGCAUUCUCCAAAAAUAAUAAAUGUGUGGUUUAUGGAAUUUGUGACAAAGAUGGGGCAUGGCCUUACAGAAAAGAAAGGAAAACGUCCGAAGAGUUGUACUUUGGCCUUAAAACUGCACAAGGUCUACUAGAGUUUAAGUGUGACACUAAAUUCCACAAGCAAAAAUGGGUUGAUGAGAUAGGGGGUUUACUUCAUCGAGUUAACUCUGUUGAAGCAACAGAACGUUCUCUAGAAUUUUUAAGAAUUAACAACAGCAUGUGACUAGUUUGAAUUACAUCGUAUCACUGUUUGGUUGUUAAAAAAUUAAGAGUUGAGUACUUAAGAAGACCUUUUGUUUUAUUGAAACCAAAAGGAGUGUAUUAAGUCACCUAAGGUUUCAAGAUAUGUAGAGUUGUAAAGAAAAAGGAUCGGGAAUGACAUUUCAAAAAGAUAUUUGGAAAAUCAAGGUUGUAAAUUAAUUUCUUUGAAGACAGUACAGCUGUACAAUUAUGUGUGUAAUUGUAUUAUGUAUAUGUAUGUCUAGAAGAAUGGGACAUUGGGACGAAAUUUUGCCUA